AUGUCCAUCGGGACCCCGGAGCCUGGAGCUGUUAACUUCAGCGCUCUGCACACGCUGCUGCACGCCAUGCUGGAGCACCUGCACAUCCAGAAUGUGAGCGCUGUGUGGCUGGAGGUGGAUGCCGGCCAUGACCCUGGCGAGUCGCUGCUGACCACGGCAUCACCGCAGAACCCUUACCGACGCAUGGAGGACAAGUUGCAGCACAUAGAGCGACAGCUGGCCGCGCUGGAGCGCCUCCCCAGCGGCUCCGAGCUGCUCGCCCGCUCCGCGUCUGUCAACGACGUGUGGCAACUACUGCAGCUCCGCAGGAAAGUGGAGGGCAGUGAAGACGGAGUGACCAAAUGUAUGGCUCUUAUCCAAGACUUGCUGAACGAGAUUCAGGAGCUCAAGAAAUCAAGGGACAUCCUGAAGAAGGAAGUUGAGGCCCUUCAGAUUCAAUUCAACCAGAUUAAUGUGGACCAGUUGGCUGAUAGAAUCACUGCUGCGGAGCAAUGCCUCAGCCAAGUGGAAGUCCUGAAGAGUGCCACGCAAGAGCUGAAGGAGAAAGUGGCACUCUACCCUCAACCCGAAGAGCUCACCCAAUGUGUAACGUGGGAAGUUAUGCAAGCAGCUCUUGUCAAUGAGAGAAAAAAGAUGCAAGAGGAACUGAAGGACAGCAUCACAGCCUCUAGACUUCCAUUGGAAGUCGGCAUCCCUUUGACUCAAAGGGACUCUUCCACAGCUGGUUUCUCAUGCAUGGCUGACUCGGACAGUGCCACUGGUCCAGAAUUGGGGGGUUCUCAAAUCUCCCUGUCUCAGCAGCGUCCCUUGGGCUCUUUGUCUAAUGGAGGUCUGCCUCUGCUUGGUGGCCAGCCACUGUCAUGGGUCAGCAAUGGGGCCAAGCGCUACCCAGAGACAGUAGAGGCUUUGAGGGACGUGGGCCAGCUGCAGGAGAAGCAUAAAAGCCUGGAGUCUCGUGUGGAGCGCCUCGAGGGCGGAGAGAGGGGCAUGCCUGAAAAUGUACUGGAACAGGUGAAUCAUCUGAAGGCUCUGAUGGACACUGUAAUGGCUGAUAGAGAGAAGACCUCUGAACUGAUGAGUGAAGUCCAGGGCGCCAUCCUGCAGCUCCAGGCUGAGUGUGAGAAACUCCACAUCAGAGCCAACCACCUGAUGGAGGACCACAACCAGAAACAAAGCCAUAUUGACCACCUGUACAAGACUGUGGAGGAGCUGGAUGAGAAGAAGGCAGAUAGAGAGGUGGUGGAGAUGGAGAUUGGCAUUAAAGCGGACAGGCGAGCCCUGGAAACAAAGGUGAGCCGCAUCCAGUUCGACACCAUGACGGAGCAGCUGAACAGGAUGUUUCAGGAGCUCCUCAGUAAAAUCACUGGUCAGGAGCAGGACUGGCACAAAGUCAUUGAGAAAAUUUCCACGGAGAUGGAGUGCAAGUUGAACCGCAUUGAGCUGGACCCUCUGAAGAAGCAGCUGGAGGAUCGCUGGAAGAGCAUUCGCAAGCAGCUGCAAGCCCAGCCUACCCCUGAGCCUGAUGAUGCUGCUGGCUUCAGGAAACAACUUGUGGCGAGAUUCCAUUGUAUCUCCUGUGACCGCCCCGUUGACAUGAUAACUCCAGGACCGCAUUUGCUGACAGUGCCCUCAGCUCCUGGGCUGCCUUCUCACAAGUCAAACCGGCCGUACACCGUCUAUGAGCUGGAGCAAGCACGUCAGCAGAGCAGGAGCGAGCGCAUCCCAGAGAUGGCCGAUUAUGGCUACCUGGCCAUGUCUCGCAGCUGUGGAGGUAGUCACACUCUCACCUAUGCCAACAGGCGUUACAGUCGCCUGCAGCACAUCACGCAGAUCAUCCAGACGGAGGACAGCAGCCUUGCCAUGUCUGGCUCCAGCCUGAAAAUUCAGCCAGAGGAAGUAGAUAUCCUGGGUCUGGAUGGACACAUCUACAAGGGUCGUCUAAGCAGCAGGACUGUGAAGACUGUGGAGUCUAGACUGCCCACCAUCACGUCCAAAGAAGGCAAGGCCACCUCAUUCAUUCUCAACUUGUCCUCCAUAUAAUCUAAUAAUCAGCACUGAAAUAGACUCUGCCAGCAGCAGACUGAAGUUACUUUAAUUACCUUGGACAAAAGAUUCUCUCUCUAGAGCUGUACUGAGAUUGAUAUGAAAGAGCCAGGGAUGGAACUGGAUGAUGAAGUCCAGCACACUUUGCCAGUACGGAGGUCUUGUGGUCAACUAGGAUGUUUUAUUUCAGUAUGUCAGUUUUUUGGGGAACACAAAGACACUGUGUUUAUCAAUUUAUAGUCUUGAUAAGAUAUAUGCCCUGAGAUUGGAUCACCACUGUCAAAUAUGAGACAUUCUGCAUAUAUCAAAUAGGUCUUAUAUUACUGAAAACAAUGAGUCCAAACUUUUAAAUAGUGAAUUCAAUUAAUUGUAGUGUUUUUAAUAGUAAAUAACUGUACUUUUUAAUGUUUUAUGCAGCUUGUAACCUGCAUCAAGUUGCCUGAAAGUUUCACCAUGUAAA